GCCCCAACGUCUCGGGGUGCCAUUUGUCCGAUCUCGUGACCUCGAAAAGCCUCAUCGUAAUAACCAUUCCCGACACGGCCGACGUUUUUCGCGAACUCUCGGGUUCCGAUAACUCGGCUUCCGACGAGAUGAGUUAGAGCGGGAGCGCGACAGUAAUCGAAUUGCACGAUUGGCUGAGACCGACCGAGUGUCAUCCCUCGAUGACGAAGAAGUAAAUUUAUAUAUCGGCGAGCGCGUUUUUUUUCUCUCACAUCGCACAUCGGUGUGUGAUGCGCCGUUCGGGCUGAACUCGACGCUCCGCGUCGUCACGGAAAUUUUCUCUCACUCUCCUUACCGCGCUCGUUCGCGAAAGAAUGAGCUAAUCACGCGCGCGCGCGGGGUGGCUCAGGUGCGAGGUCUCUUUCGCUUCCGGGCUUCGCGGCUGUAGAGGGACAUAAUCGGUACGCGCGCGCGGUGUGGGUGCCGUCGAGGACACUUUUUUAUAGUUGUGUAGAACGCGGCCACGAUGGUGCUCCACGGAGUGAAUCAAAACGGCCUUCUUUCCUUCGAAAAUCCCAAUUACCACCUGGAUCCAGCCCGGCUGGACGAUGCUCUGAAUAGCAACGGAAACGGCAGCUCUCUGUACGAUGAAUUGUAUCAGGAAUUGGUCGGCAGUGGUGGCCAAGGCGGCGAGGUAACCGGCGGCGGGGGAGGGGGCGGUGGAACAAGGGUUCAGGCACGCAGAACCUACGCCACGUUGGAUCUGGGCAGUAUGGGGGUGGACGUCACCCAGGGCCCCCUCACGCAGGAUUCCGUGACGGACGACGCUUCCGACAACACAGACAACCAUAACCUAGGGUACGGCUGCGAGGGUGUGGCGGAGUCCGCUCUCGUCGACGACACCCUCAACGGGAAUCCCCACUCGUCAACCUCGUCGUCGUCGAGCGCGAUCCUGCCUCAAUCUCACGCCCUUCAGUCGGGAUCCGCGGGAUCGAUCGACGCUACGGACACUUCCGAAUCGAGAAAUUAUUGCGAGAAACCCGACAACGAGACCGCGGAGAUGGGCGGCGUGCCACACGUGGAAGGUGGCCUGAACAGCGAGCUGUACGCCGUGCCGGUGAAACGACGGCAGCCGAAGGAGCAGAAGAACAAUGCGAUUCUGCAGAACAAUACCCAGGAGAAACCGACGGACGUGGACAGCGUCGAUUCCGAGGACAAAGACGAGAAUCUGCCGCCCGGCUGGCAAAAGCACGAGGAUGAGAAUGGUCCUUAUUAUUGGCACGUAAAAAGCGGUAACAUACAGAGAGAACCGCCGGAGGCCCCGUUGCACGCAAAAACGGAGGCACGCCGGAGCUUGGUCAAGGAUAACGAUAGCAUAAAUAAUUUUCAUACUUUGAGCGGCAUGGUAAACACGGUCACUCGCAGCAACACGAGCUCGGCUCUGGACCAAGAGUUGGAGAACAAGAGGAAAGUGGAAUUAGCUCUCAAACGAAGAAGCUAUCCCGCUAGAGCGGAUUCAGAGGGCAGAGACAAGCCGAUUAGAUUCGCCGUGCGAUCCCUGGGAUGGACGGAGAUCGCGGAAGAGGAUCUCACGCCCGAGAGAAGCAGCAAGGCCGUGAAUAAAUGCAUCGUGGAUCUCUCACUCGGUAGAAACGAUCUUCUGGACGUCGUCGGACGAUGGGGCGAUGGUAAGGAUCUAUUUAUGGACCUGGACGAGGGCGCGCUCAAACUAAUCGAUCCGGAGAAUCUCACCGUACUGAACACACAACCUAUUCAUACGGUUAGGGUAUGGGGCGUAGGGAGAGAUCACUGUCGCGAAAGGGACUUUGCUUACGUGGCAAGAGACCGAUCGACCAGGAAACACAUGUGUCAUGUGUUCCGAUGCGACAUACCGGCGCGCACGAUCGCCAACACGCUUCGCGAUAUUUGCAAGAAGAUAAUGAUCGAGCGCUCUCAGCAUCAGAAUCUUGCGAAACCGGUGGAUAUCAACGGCCGAACGAGUCUGGCUACAAGACCCACGAAUCUGCCAACUGAACAUCGGCGUUUCCACAGAAACGGCCAGACGCUAGUCACACAAUCCUUUCCAACGCCGAUGGAAGAACCGAAGAAAGUGCUGCGGGCGCAGUACCUUGGAUCUAUGCAAGUCACUCAGGCGACCGGCAUGGAGGUAUUGAACGAAGCAAUAGAACAUAUCGUGACGAACACUCCGAUCAAUCAGUGGCGAAACGUUAAUGUUGCCGUAGCUCCUAGCAUGAUAUCCAUUCAUACGCCGAACGAUGACAAACUCAUCACCGAAUGUCGAGUACGUUACCUGUCGUUCCUCGGUAUCGGCCAUAACGUCAAGCAAUGCGCCUUUAUCAUGCACACUGCGCAGGAUCUCUUUAUCGCACACAUCUUUAACUGCGAACCCAGCAGCGGAGCGCUCUGCAAGACAAUCGAAGCCGCUUGCAAGUUGAGGUACCAGAAAUGUUUGGACGCACAUCCACAAGGCUUCAGAAACGCCAGCAGUCUCAACACUCCGAGCGGCAGAGGAUUAGGCGCAACCAUAAAGUCCUUAGUUGGGUCCCUGACUGGACGCAGGAAUAAGCAGGGCGAGUCCUGAGACGAGGCUCUCUCGCUGCAGUCCCCCGAUUGUCCGCUAGGAACUCUGGCCAUUGCCUGCUGAGCGAGAGGUGAUCCGACACAGGCAUCUGCAGUCGCCGUUGACGCUCAAGUACUUCGGCGGCUCGCCGCCGAGCGCGUCCCUCAAGUCGCUGCUCUCACCCUCGCUGGACACCAGGCGUAUUCAGCUCGCUCGCUGGGAGAGCAACCCCUAGAGAGACGCGGAGGCCUGAUGCGCCGGGAGGCAGCCGUAGCCGACGAACGGAUAUUCUCUUUACGACAUAAACGACUGAAUUUUGCGAAAGAUUCCGCAGAGUGCUAUACCAAUACCACAGCUAUAGUGGACUACGCUUACCUAUGUCGAUAUGAUGUUAUGUAUGUUAACGCAAUGUUUAACGAAGGGGGGAGGGAGGAUAUAUCGCGGAUAUGCUGCGAUUCGAUAGACAAGAGCGAUGCGUCCCGUCGCGGAAAUUCUUAGAAAAAGAAAAAAAAAACAGCGCGUAACGAAUUAAAAGCAGCAUUCACGGGGAACCGACGGGUUUCUGAGAAAGCUUAGAGUAAAAAAAAAAGGGGGGGAGAAAUCGGAAGAGUGAAUUGUCUGUAUAUAUAAGGUGAUUAUUGCGCUAAAUUUAAUCGACUCGCUCGUUCGAAUGGGAGGAGUGGCAGAGACGAAGGAGGAAACCGCCAGCGGGAUUUCGCGAGCGAGUGAAAUUGUGUGCGUGUCGGAGAGAGCGAAUGAGAGCUGCAGUUAGCGUAGUAGUAAGCGUAUAUCCGCAAAGGCAUUCGAGGAGAUUCGAGGGAAGUUAUAGAGAGCUUGUGCGUAUAUGGUAUAUAAAUAUAAUAUAUAAACUUGUACGUGCGUGUAAUUCUCGGGUGUACAGAUUAGGAAAAGCGUGACGAGGACGACGAUCGGGUCGCACGGGACACAUAAUACACGCGUAAGCACACGCGUGUGAAGAACGCACCUCCGCACACACGCCAGCACGCGCACCGCGACUGUACCGGGUGUCCCGCGGACGUACGCUGCUUCUUUUUGCCUGUGGAUUUUCCGACGACUACGACGGAACGCCAUCGAGCGCGGUAGGUCCGGGGACGACCCCUAGAUAUACACACGCGCACGUUUACACGGCGGCCGAUAGGGAGUUUAUUUUUUAUGGCGAAUUAGAUAGGAGCUUUAGGGAAGAGCUUGCAAGCACCUCGGAGAUCACGAAGCCGAUACGACAAAUACUUAUACCGCGACCGUCCUUUAAACUUCAAAUUGUGAAGGGAAAGCAGUUAGGCGAGAGAGAUCGAUGAUAUUGCGCAACGAUAUUGAAGCCACGCGUGAUCGCAAUCGGUCGUUGCACGCGCGCAAUAAUCGCGCGAUAACGUUACCCAAUACGCCCAUACUUGGGACUUACGUCCGCGCGGUAAUAACUAUUAAACCGAAUACGAUGACAUUAAUAAUUAUUAUCGCCGGUGAUAAUUAUUAUCCUCGUAAGCGCGUACGCUAAACGAUAAUUAUUAUCGCUAGACGCAUCGUAGCACGGCGAAUUUCAGCUGAAAAAAAAAAAAGAAUCGUAUGCAUAUCAAUUGUACGCCAUUGCAAUUUUUUCGACCGCUACUUAAAAGAUAGAUGCAUGCGAGAGGUAUGUUCGUACAAAAACGUUAUUACAAAAAGAGUCAGGUGUACCGUUUAAAAAAGUUCCACGCAUUUACACGUGCGCGCACACACACACACACACACACAUACAUACACCACGUACGUAGAACUGUGUACAGUCAUGAACUGCACCUCGCACUAGCGAUCGCCGCUAUCGUAGAAUUUAGAGAGCCGAAAACAAUCCUGAUCGAGGCACGUUUUUGUGGUAACAUUUAAAAAUUUGAUCGCAUUGCACUGCGAAUCUACAAUAUGUGUACACUUACAAAUACGUGCGUACUGAUGACGAUUAUGCGUAAAGGAGACUCGCCGCUGUUGCUGAUUCGGAGACGAAAUUAUCACGAUUAAGCGAAACAUAUUUCCUCUACGGCAAUUUUUUUUUUUCUUAAUUUUAGCCAAUUUUAUUUUAUAUAAUAGUUAUAAGAAUUAGCUUAGUGUUUUAAGGAUUAAUAAAUCGUUUUCCAAUCCUUGUUUAUCGAAACCCGAAGUAUCAUCUCUCCGAAGUGAAUCCAAGUUGCGCUUAUUAACGAUUUAUAAGAAGCAUCGAAGUGUCGUAUUCUACUUUUUUUUUUUUUUCCGUAGAGGAAUCUUUUUCUAUUCAGAGGGCGCAAUCCUCGUCGUCCUGCGAGGACGGUCACGUCGUACGAGCCAUCGUCGUUGCGAGAGAUACAAAGUUGUGCGGGACCCAGAACGAAGAUAUUUCUAUGUAGCGUUUUAAAUAAAAGAGAUAAAAGCACAGAGGAGCAGAAAGAAAUAAUGGCAAGAUAUAAUAGAGCGUUGCGGGAGAGUGUGCGUGAAAGGGUGAGUAUGCAUGAGUAUGCUGCUGGUCGGGAGGGGUGUUUAAUUAUUAUUAUUAUGUAAAUAGUUUCAUCGCGAUAUCUCUCCACCAUCGUCGCGGACUUCCUUUGUUCUUUCGCUUCGUUCUUUCGCGAGAUUAACGCGGCGACGCGUUUCAACAAGCGCGCGCGCGCGCGCGCGCGCGAACGAGCGAAGGGGCGAAUUCUGUUACGCGCGCGUCGCGUAACUCCACCGUUAAAUCGUAUCGUUGUACAAUUGAGUGUUGGGAGAGGAGUGUUGCCAGCGGUGUCGCGAGUCUGUGAAACAUUGGGGUUGCAAAGAGCUCGGCGGGAGUACGUUCCGCGAAAUUGACUUCCCGAUCUUCGAAAUCGAGCGUCCGGGCGCGCACGCCGCGCAUACGCUUUAAUUUUGCAAUUGCACAAAAUCGACCCCGCCGAUUUCGAAGAUUGGAAAUGAAGUCUCGCAGCACGGAUUCCCGCCCGUCCCUCUCGGCUCGUCAUCCAACUUUCUUUAGAUGGCGAACAGCCUCGAGAGGCGCGCGAGAGAGGAUUUAAUAAAUGGUGUGGAUGUAAAUAUGAUAUACACGUGUAGAGAGUAAGGCCGAAGCUAUGAAGUUCAACAAACAAACACACACACACGCACACACACACAUGCACACAUUAUCGUACCGCACUGCCAAGGCACGUGCAACGCCGAUGCACAAUUUCACAUUUACACGUGCACACCUUCUCGCAAAUCAGUUAGGUGCAACCACAUGCGUGUGGCACGCAUGUGGAGGAAAAAAAAUACGUACACACACACACAAAUUGCGCAUAGCUUAACUGUCUCUUUAUAUAGGUGUUGACACGUCGUCAUGGGAGAGCUAACCACAAAUGAGGGGGUGGACUGGUGUGUAGGGGGGUGGGAGGGGGAGUUCGGGUGGUAAAACACGACAAGAGCCACUUAUAAUUGACAUAGCAUAGCGAACCUUACUGUAUUUACCGUGACAUGUAAUACCCUUUAACGAGAAGAAAUGCGAAUCUACUGAUAGAAGAGUUGUUCUGCACAAAAAAAAAAACACGAUGCUUCAUUGGUAAUUAUAGUGUCUCUCACUCUCUC